AUGAAGGCGAAAUCAGGAUCAGCGCCGUCACGAUCUGCAACAAGCAGCACUGAUGAGGACAAACCGACAUCCAACACGGCGACGCAUGCACAUACACGGACAGCGCACGAUGCGCACAACAGCAGGAAGACGACGGGCGUAUGGGCGCGCAUUGGCAGGGCAGACAAGGCAAUGUCGGCCAGAAUCCACACUGGCGACACGUUCAUGCGGCCGCUGCUCGUCGCGCUCGAGUUCUCAGGUCACGGAAUUCCAUGGAUUGCAGGCGCAGUCGUCGCCUUCUUGUUGACGGCGCAUUCUGAGCUGCUUGCAAAUCUGCUGGCGGGGUUGGCGCUCGAUCUGGUCGUCGUUGGGUUGGUCAAGGCGAUCGUGCGGCGUCCUCGUCCGUCCUACAAUGUAGAUGACAUGUUUGCCACAGUUUCCGUCGAUAGAUUCUCAUUCCCGUCGGGACACACGACGCGCGUCGCCAUGCUUGCAGCAUUCGUCUUCUUUUUGGCGAAUGUGGGGUUGGAGUCGCAAACGGUAAUGGAGGCGGCCAACACGGCGACGGCGCCAACCAGUUCGUCGUCAAACUUGCUGCCUGCGUUCGUGCUGAGCAUCAUCGAGAUGGUGAACAUUUCGUUGUUUGUCAUUGUCUGGGCGGUAGUGGUUGCCAUUUCCCGAGUCAUGCUCGGCCGGCAUCAUGUCGGCGACGUGGCUGCCGGCAUUGUGAUUGGCGUUGCUCAGUUCCUCGUUUUGCGGCACUUUAUUUGGAUUCCUGCCCACCACGCCACCUACAUGCAAACCACUGCUCUUGACACCAUCAACACAUGGAAGGCUUCCUACCUAUAA